UUGCACUUUGCGUACUCUCUCUUUCGUCGAUCUGUCGACUGUUCCUCGCGCGUCGCAGCUCCAAUUGUUAUCACGAUCGUAUUCGCGUAUUGUAGCGUCCCCGUCGACGUUUCGGCGGAAUUAUGACGUCGAUCUGUAAGUCGACGUCGUAUGUAAACGAUAUUUUGUCAUCGCGGAAGCGAACAUAACCCCUCCGAAAGACAAUGAACCGCCCUGUUUUCGAGUUAUUCUCCUAAGGAGACGGCGAAUUUGUGACAUCAAGCAUAUUAUAUUUGAUCAGUCUCUGGCCAACUAGUCAACAUGGGACUGCUGUUCGCGAAAUUGUGGAGCUUCUUUGGCAACGAAGAACAUAAAAUAGUUAUGGUCGGUUUGGAUAAUGCUGGGAAGACAACAAUAUUAUAUCAAUUUCUGAUGAACGAGGUUGUCCAUACGUCUCCGACUAUCGGAUCCAAUGUAGAGGAAGUUGUGUGGAAGAAUAUUCAUUUUAUUAUGUGGGAUUUGGGUGGUCAACAGAGUCUGAGAGCUGCCUGGUCCACUUACUACACAAAUACUGAAUUUAUCAUUAUGGUCAUAGAUAGCACUGAUCGAGAGAGACUUGGUAUGAUUCGGGAAGAGCUCUAUUCAAUGCUGAAUCAUGAGGAGUUGAGUAAAGCCAACGUUCUGGUCUAUGCCAAUAAACAAGACUUGAAGGGUAGCAUGACCGCGGCUGAGAUUUCAAGACAAUUGGAUUUGACAUCUAUCAAAAAACACCAGUGGCAUAUACAGAGCUGUUGUGCCCUUACGGGAGAGGGGUUGUAUCAGGGACUGGAAUGGAUUGUCGGACGUUUAAAAAAGACAUGACGUACAUUAUGAAAGUCAUUUAUAAGUCUAAUGAAAUAUCCAAAAUGUAAAAUAUGUUAUUGAGCUAAAUUAGUUCUGGUUACUUUGACAGUUAUUCGAAGGAAGAAAGCAGCAUGGGCUGUCGCAUUUCAUUUAUUAUUUAAAUCUCCUGGUAUGAUCCUCAAAGUGCAUCCGAUUAUUUUAUUGCCGCAGCCACACUUAUAAGAAUGGUGGACGGGUCUGCUCUUCAGCUACUAAUUACACUGGCUGCUUAUGCAAUAAAAAGAUUUUAUAUUAUUGUUCUUGUAACAUAACAAGUUUCAACUUGUUCAAUACAGAGAUAAGAAAAGAAUGAAGACUAGUGGAAAUGUACAAAACCAGAUAUUAAGCAAGUGCUAAAAGGAAAGACAAUUAUUAUUUUUUGCGUUCAUAUACAAGAUGUAUACUUGGUUCAUAGUUAAAUGAUCAUUGAACAUUGCUUGUUUAAAUUAUAUUAUCAUUUACAUGAUAAAAGUAUGAGAUUUCUUAUCCCGUCCACCUACAGUAAAAUUCUGCAGUAAAACAGGCAGUUAAAAUAGAUGGAGAAAGGCAACUCGUUAUUCGUACUCAGUUGAUAUGUAAGAGCGCAAGUAAGUGUACAUAGUUUUUUAUACUUCUCGUUAAGAGAGCGAGCUCUGUAAAAAAAUGAGAAAGAAAUAUAAUGCCGGACGAGAAAAGAGUGCAAAAUCUUGCGACAUUUCCGUACGUAAGGGCCGAGCAGAUUCAUGGCCAUGUAACCUGAUUGAGGAAAACUUCUCGAGACAGAGUAUGAACUGCUCUGUGAUACGUGGAUUUAAUUCUGAGACAGUUGUUUGCUGAUUAUAUCACGUAAUCGAUAUGGCUUACAUAAUGCGCGGAAAAGAACAACGAAGGAUGGGCUGAUGCUAUUCUUAGGAUGCGACAUACGUAAUAUCGUGACAGGUGAAUGGGAGCUUUAAAUCAAAAACUCGCCUAUUGACUCACUGAUUUACCGAACGAGAAAUCUCAAUCUGUUCCGUUUUAUUUCUCUUGGCAAUGAGAAAUAAUAUUAUAAGUUUAAUAUAUAAUCUAACUGAUAUAGUUCACUGUUGUAACUGCUCUAAGUGAUGUUGGUAUCUAAAGUGCGAAUUUUUAGUUAUUUAAGGAAAUAUAUCUUCCGGUUCCAUUCACCUGCGGUUACUGCGUGCCGCUAGGAUGAUGGAUGUACUAGUAAAAGUCUGUGACACAAAGGAAUCAUCAUUGUCUUCAACUCUGAUAGCUGUCUCGCCUUUGCUUUAUUUAAAUUGUAAAUGUAACGUCUAUCUUUUAUGUAGCGUUAAAUACUCCAGUAGAUAUAAUAUUAAUUAUCGUAGCUUUAAAAAAAGGGAAAUUAUCAAUGUGUGCUUUAAAAAAUUAAUAGGUACACGCAAAGAUGACUGUACAGGCGUUGGUAACAUCACGCGAUGGGAUAUAAAUGCCGUCUAAUGCUAGAGUGAGAUCAUAACACCUACAGCUUUGGUUAACGCUAGCUUUCUCAUAUUGAGAAACGAGUUCUUAAUGUUGACACAUAAGAGUAUCUCCCGUGUACAAUGUUUGCUCCUCGAAAUUCUAUGCGGAGUAUAUUAUACAGAAUUUACACUCGUCGAAUUUAUCCACGGCGUCCGUCUUCUCUAUUUAACUAUAAUUAUGUAAAAAAUAAAUUUUUUGGAAAGUAUAAAAUACAAGACAUAGAUUGUUUUACCGCAGUGUUGGCGGAACGAGCGCGAGUGUAAAAAACAUAAUUGUGCUUUUGCCAACUCAGCCCGACCUGUCGAGUUUAUCAAAAUAACAAUAAAUUAAAAAUCAAUAAUUUCCGAUUUAUUGGUCUUUAUCUAAUAUAAUUGUAUAAUAUAAGUCAGAGAAUCUUGUCCGACUUCAAUGAAUAAUAAAAAGCUAAAAGUAUAGGAUGUCAAAUAAAUUGAAAAUCAGUUUCUAUCAAUAAGAAAUAUACGGAUCUGCUGCUUUUAUUUACCUCGAUAAUUCCACCUUCCCAUUUCUCGUAAUUUGCAUUUUAUAUUGUUAAUAAGAAACGUAUAAGAUUUUUAUUGUCUUUAGAUUAAGCAUAUUUCAGUGUAAAAAUUAAUACCUUAUUAAAUAUCGCUUUAAAAAGUCUUAUUCUUUAGCUAAAGCUUUUAAAGUCACGUAUAUUUAGGCGAACGGUAUUUCGUGAAUCCUAAGUCCCGAAGGAAAAAAGAUUUGUCAGCUACGAUUACCUUAUGAUCCAUUUAUUUUCACAUUCGUUAUAAAUAAGAUAUGCACACACAUUCAUUCUUAUAACAGUGGGUCCACCACUGGUCAUGCUUCUUAAUUUUAUACUGUAUUCGCGGCGGUUUCUCUCGUCACGACCGAGUAGAUCGUAUGACGAGAUUAUAAACACUAUUUUUAAGUAUGCUUAAUCACUGCGUCACUAUAUGCUGUUAAGUAUUAAAUUACUACACAUACUCGCGUACAGCAACAGCAUUUCUUUGCCAUUUCAAAAAUAAUCAGAAUCGUAGAUACAGUAUUUAUUCUGUCUACAAUUAGAAUAAAUUUCCUGAAGGAAGUGGGAUAGUAAACAAACGACCAGGAGAUCUACAUCUGAGCUAAUUAGCACGUUCGCCUUUUGGCGUCCCAUUGCCGACUAUUGCUUUCAAAACCUAUUUUUUAUAACAUCGUUCUGUGUUGUGUUGGAAAAUCCAAUAAAUUUCUAAAGUAAUCUACCCGUUCGAAAAAGAAAUAUGAUACACAUCCGAGUACAUUUUUUUAUGUGAAGAGGCAAGACAAUAACGUUACGGUUUCUAAUUUAUGCCUAAUCACAUUUUGAAUAACUUAAAGUACCAGAUGUAAAAAAUUCUCGUCUGACCUAAAUUAUAGAUUAUCUUUUAAAUGUUAAUGUUUCUUGAACGUUUAUGUUACCUUAUGCAAUGAAGGCUGCAAUCUAGGUUUCGAGUCGCUAUUUUCUAUUGCAUUUACAUUGUUAUAGGCUAACACGUUAACUAUCGUCAUAGAUUUUACGUAAUUUAAAUUCCCUAAAUUUCUAACGGUAGUCGGCGUGUUGCUUUGUAUUGAGCGAUGACUUUAUUUACAAUAAUUACCUAUUUCUCACGCGUUUCUCUAUCUCGUGUGUGUGUAUUUCUAUAAAUAAAUUUCAGGAGACAUCUUUUAGACAUCUGAGAGAUAUUUAGAAGAGGACGUCUAAAAAUCUUAACAGACAUCUAAAGGCUAUCUUCUGGAUUUUUCGUACUAUCGUGAGUUUCCUCGUAAUUUUGGCAGUUUUCACUAUUGGACCAAUCUACGUUUCCACUUAUAUAAGCAGCUACGUUGCGAGAACAUCCGUUUAUUAAGCCUUCCCCGCAAUUGAUCCCAGUGAACAUGAAUGUCUAACAGACAAUCCGAAAGACGUCUUAAAAAAGACGACUUUAAGACGUUUACAAAAAGACAUCUUUAAGAUAACUUUUAGCCAAGUCCUAAAGACAAUUCUUUUUAAGACGUCUUUUGGACGUCCUUUCCAGGACGACUUUAAGAUUUUACAAAAAGAUAUCUUAAAGACGACUUUUAGUCAAAUUCUAUAAAGACAUCUUUUUU